GUCAGUCAGUCAGUCAGGGGAACGGACAGGAGAGCAGGUAUAGAGCAGCGAAGCCGGAAGAACCAGCUGGACGCUUUAAUCCAACCCUCUUUAUAGAAAAGAAACAUCAUUCUCAUUUUUACGCACAGCCCCUUAAACCAGGUGUUCCUCCCUCCCAGUCCGCCUGCGUUUUUACCGCCGGGCUCCAGUUCAGAAAGCGGGGCAGCGCUGGAGAAAACAUGACUGAGCACAAGAAAAAGCUGAUCUUCAUCGUGGUGGAUGUUCUUUGCGUGUUUGCUGGGGUUUGAGUCAGUCCACGUCUUCCACUGUGACUGCCUCAACUACAGAUAUGAGGCUGCGCUGCACAGCAAGAGGCUCCACAGAGCUAUCAGAGCGGCUCUGCCUUCAGCCAUCCUGACACUGAAGUUCACACCAUUUAAAAGGGGAAUCUACUGCAAUGACGAGAGCAUCAAUUAUCCCUACAAAAAAGAUACCAUCUCUCAUGGAACCAUGGCUGCUGUUACUAUCGGCUGCUCCAUGGUCAUUAUCACUACAGGAGAGGCCUACCUGGUGCAUACAAAGCGUCUGCGCUCAAACUCUACAUUCAACCAGUACCUGUCUGCUCUCUACAAGGUGGUUGGCACCUUUCUGUUUGGGGCAGCGGUCAGCACGUCUCUGACUGAUUUAGCAAAGUUCAUCAUCGGCCGACCCCGUCCGAACUUCUUAGCUGUGUGCGCCCCGCAGAACUGCAGUGGAUACGUGCUGCAUAUCAACUGCACAGGCAAUGCACGUAACGUAACGCAGUCUAGGCUGUCGUUUUACUCCGGCCAUUCGUCCUUUGGGAUGUACUGCAUGCUCUUCCUGUCGCUCUAUGUCCAUGCCCGAAUGCAGGGGAAGUGGACGAGGCUGGUUCGGCCCACAAUCCAGUUCUUUCUGGUGGCGUUUGCUCUUUACGUCGGAUACACACGGGUUUCAGACUACAAACACCACUGGAGCGACGUGGUGGUGGGACUGCUGCAAGGAGCGCUCAUCGCUGUGCUCACUGUUCGAUACGUGUCUGAUUUCUUCAAGCCACGGCCUCAGCCCAGCACACAAGCUGAUCCUGCAGAGGUGGACCAACUUGAAUGCGGAAACCAUUACAGCAGUCCUGGACAGGCAUAAGCUAUUGAGGAGGGCGCCGAUCCGAACAAAACAUGUGACAGCAGCUCCGUUAUCCACAGAACUAUGCUUUCAACACACAAAUAGUUAUUCUACAACUAUGAAAAAUAGAGUCCCAAAAACUCAUUGGAGCAUAAACUUUAUGACUGGUAUUAAGGUGGGGGCAGUUGCUGCCAGAAAAGUGCCAUAUUGACUUUUGUGCGUGUGUGUGUGGAUUUGUGCAACAGUUUACAGCUAUUAUGUUUUAUAUGUUCCAUUAAUGACUCUGCUUUCAUACUCGUGACAAAUUAAGUGACCAUUUUUAAACAAAUUGAAAGAGGAGGUUCAAGUAACGAGCCUCUGAGUGCUAAAUGCUAUCUAUGUUGCUCCAGUCGAAGAUGACUGUUGCAGCUUUUAUAUACACUCGAUCUGAAUGUAUCUGCACAUCAUUUUCCUUUUUCUAUGCAUGUGUUUUUAUCCUAUUGGAAUGCAUGUGACACAAAAAUGUUUUAAUUCCCUGUUUCUCAAAGGCCGCCUUAUAUAGUGUUGUUAUCCUGAUUAAAACAAUUAUAUGUGAUAAAUAUUGUAUCAUUUCAAGAUUAACAGGUUUUCUAUGUAGCAGUGUCAGUUCUACCAUUAAUGGCUAUCUAAUUUCUCCAAAUAUAAUCUGUAUUUUAAAGAAUCUGAUAAAGGUCAGAAUAAUUCCCUCCUGAUUUGAUUUUUUGUAUAUAUUGUUUUGAAGCUUGUCUCAAGGUAAAGUGAUUAUAUUGCCAAAAAAAGCAAGAAAAAAAAAUACAAUAAAGAUUUCAU